AUGGCACCUACUAAAUACUGCAGAAAUAAGGAAAGAUUAAUAACAUCCCAAGAAAACGAUGAAUAUUUGCUUAUUAGUGCCGAGAUAGAUACAAUUGUGGUGAUGGAAUGUCGAUUUUGCAACGACAAGGAAGAACGACAGUCAAAAAUUUGGUACUAUCAAGAUCGAUACAGAGAGGUGCCUGAAAAAGAGAUUGAAUUAGGAAUGGAUAAUAACGCUUCGUACAAUAGAAUUUAUACGACGCCAGACCUUUCUUUAGUAAUCAAAAAUUUUGCAGAAACAGAUGCUGGUGUUUAUUUAUGCCACGGUGAAGAAGGGCAGGAGAUUGAAAAUAAAUUCAACUACAGAAUCGAACCAAUUUUCAAAGAACACGGAGUCUCGUACACAGAGCAAGGGAACAUAACUGAUUGGGAGAAAUAUCGUGAAAUAUAUUUGGCAUCAGUUACCACACGAUUCGCCGUAACAUCAUCAUUAAUACUAUUCCAGAUUCAAGUUUCACAAAUGUCUGAGUUGGCUGAUAUUCGAGAAGUAGGAAUAACGCUUCAGGUUAUUUCUGAAUGGGCAGCUUGGGGUCCAUGUGAACAUUGCGUGCAUAAUCGGGGGUAUAGGACGAGUGUUGGAAACUGCCGAUUAAAACGCCAAAUAAAUAUGGCUGUUGCUAACAAGAGCGAUUCAUCUAUAGUUAAGUUCUUUCGAAGGUCUCCCUCAUUACCCUGCAAAGCGAUUUUACUCGAGGAAGAAUUUCCUGGCAUUAGCAACGCUGUGCGCCAUGUGCCGGCAUUUAUUUUGAAGGAACCAUGCAAAAAAUGUCCCCGCGUGAAGAAGAAAAAAGAUCACGGAUUUAGAUACAUUAAACGAUUUGUGCUCGCAGAAGGAGCUUAUCUCACAAUUAUGUGUCCAGAAGGAACCAUGGAUACACAAGUAUCAUGGAAGAAGGAUUCGAUCACAUUGGAAAAGGGUGUUCGACGAUCCUUUCGCAAAUUGGAUCCAGAUGCUCGCGUGAUAGUGGACGCUUUUGGAACACUUUAUCUGAUAGAUGUUUCCGUUCAUGAAGAAGGAAACUACACGUGUUACGUCGAUAACGUUAAUAUGAUGCGAGCUAAAGUUGUUGUUGUUUCUAAAGCUAGACUACUAACUCGAGGACUUCUUCGAAGAUGUGUGAAUUGUAGAUCAAGGGGAGAAUUAGGAUCGUGUAAAGAUCCUUUCACUAUGAACUCGACGGCGAUCGAAAUGGAAAAAGGUGUCGACGCUGUCCCCUGUGCGUCAGGUUGGUGCGGCAAGAUAAUUGAACGACAAGGCAUAAACAACGAGUAUGGUACCGCUACGCAAAGGCUUUGUUUCCAACGUGGACCCGAUGACGGUGAGGAAAGAUGCGCGUACACCGUGUGGAAUUACAAAAAGGUGUACAUGUGCCUUUGUUUCGGGGAUCUCUGCAAUGGAACGACGAAACUAAGCUUCUCUAAUGGCUUGAUUUUCGCAACGCUUUGCAUCUCAUUUCGGUGGUUUAUUUGAAAA